AUGACGAACCGAGGAGUCGACGUUGAAUUCCAGCCCAGAGAUGAGCAGCAACUUGAAGGUGCCAAAGGCCAAUGUGGGCCUUCGCCUUUCGACACCUACCAGACCUCAUUGACAACGAGGUACUGUAGCCCAGAGAUGUCACGACUCUACAGCCAGCGCUCUCGCCACUCACAAUGGCGUGCGCUGUGGUUGUUUCUGGCAGAGUGUGAAAAAGAGCUCGGCAUUGAAACGAUCACGGCGGAGGCUCUUGAGCAGAUGAGGCAGCAUCUUGAAGUAACUGAUGCAGACUUUGAGAUUGCAAAGGUUGAGGAAAAGAGGCGUCGACACGAUGUUAUGGCUCAUGUUCACGCCUUUGGAGCCGUGGCACCAGCUGCGGCGGGUAUCAUUCAUUAUGGUGCAACUAGCUGCUAUAUUACCGAUAAUACAGAACUUCUUCUUAUGCGUGACGCUAUAAAUCUCCUCCUCCCAAAGCUGGCCAGAGUUAUCUCAAACCUAGCUAAAUUCGCUAUGGAGUGGAAGGCGAUGCCUACACUGGCUUAUACUCACCUACAAGCAGCGCAAUUGAUUACAGUCGGCAAGCGAGCAGCCCAAUGGGCACAAGAUCUUGUACUCGACCUUGAGAGUAUUGAGCAUGCUCGAGAUGGACUGCUGCUACGAGGUGCCCAAGGAACCACUGGAACGCAAGCAUCAUUCCUAGAGAUUUUUGGCGGCGAUGGUUCCAAAUGUGACCAGCUUAAUGAAUUACUCUGUCAAAAAACCGGCUUUGCUGGCUGUUAUGAUGUCUCAACCCAAACAUAUACUCGCAAAGUUGACUUGAUUAUCGCCAAUGCAAUCUGUGGCCUUGGUGCUACAGCGCAAAGGAUCACUGGAGAUAUCCGCCAUCUAGCAUCCUGGAAGGAAGUGGAAGAGCCGUUUGAAACUGACCAGAUCGGUUCAUCAGCCAUGGCCUAUAAAAGAAAUCCAAUGCGCUCCGAACGAGUUUACAGCCUUGCCCGGGAGCUGCUGUCAAAACCAGCCAACUUUGCGAACACUCUUUCCGACCAGUGGAUGGAAAGAACACUCGACGACAGCGCUAUUCGCCGAAUCGACAUCCCCGAGAUAUUCCUUCUUGCCGAUGCUGUCCUUGGUGGUCUUGACAACAUCACUAGUGGGCUGGUUGUAUACCCAGAGCGUAUUGCCUCACGGGUCCAGGAAGAGCUUCCAUUUAUGAUUACCGAGAGUUUGAUUAUGAGGCUAUGUGCCAAAGGACUGUCGAGACAGGAAGCCCAUGAGCAGAUUCGUGUCUUAUCGCAUCAAGCCGCCCGUGUUGUAAAAAUUGAGGGAAAGCCAAAUGAUCUGGUAUCAAGAAUUAAGGCAACAAGCUUCUUUCAACCGAUUUGGGGUGAUAUCGACGACAUGCUAAGGUCAGAACUAUAUAUUGGCCGUAGUGUGGAGAUUGUUGAACGGUAUUGUGGUCCGGAAGGUGUGGUGGAAAAGAAGAUCCAGCCAUAUAAGGCUGAUAUUGAGAAGUCGGCUACUACAGAACUGAAUGUUUGA